AUGCAGGUGCCAGAAGACACGACUACCCCUGAACCGUCCUACUCGAACUACUCGGACGCGGACUCGGAUUCCAAAGUAGGCUCUCGACCUCCUCCAGCACAUUCUCCCUUUUCCGGUGCCCCAAACGAAGGAAAGACGACUGUAGAGGAGUUUAUCGAGAGGGAGGAGAGGAGACGGAAGAAUGUGGAGAAGGCGAAGAAGCCUAAGAAGUUGAAGAGAGAGGAGUGGAUGCUCGUUCACCCGCGCACUAAACCUCUGAUCUCAUCAAUAACAUUCAAACAGCACUCGACCCCACCAAACCAAAAGCCUGCCAAUUCGGGCGAAGCUCUGGUCAAGGCUGAGAGCUCGACAGCUCCACCUGGACAGGGACCCCCGCCGAGCGACAACAACGUGUCGCCGAUGAAGUGCCUGGUCGGAAACGGAAAGCUGUGA